CAUAAACGUCACACACAUUUGUUCAUUCUGUGAAGAAGGCGCGAAAUUCUCUCACACACUUUGCCUGUUCCUCUCUGUGCCGACAGUCAUGACUGAAGUAGAAUCUGCCAGCACCAGUGCUUCAUCAGAAAAAGACAGGAUGGAGGCCGCAGCAGACGCAAGUAAGAUUUUGUCACAAGGUAAAAGAAACUUGGUUUGUGGAGAAGUACCAGCUGCUGUAAAUCAGUUCCAGGAAGCUUGUAAAAUAUUAGCCAAAGCAUAUGGUGAAACAGCCAAAGAAUGUGCAGAAGCCUAUUUCUACUAUGGUCAAUCAUUGCUGGACCUGGCAAGGAUGGAAACAGGAGUGUUGGGCAAUGCUUUACAAGGAGUUCCUGAAGAGGAGGAAGAUACUUCUAAAAGUGCUGACGAACAGUUCGAGAAUGGAGACAAAUUGGACGUGGAAGAAAGAGAAAAACUGAGAAUAGAAGUUUAUGAUGCAAUGUCUGAAAAGGAAAAGGCAGAAAAAUCUGAAAAAGAGCCUUCAAAUGGAGAAAAAAUGGAAACUAAUGAAAAAGGAGAUGCUAAAGAAACCAAGGAGGAAAAAGAUGUGAAAGAAACUAAAGAGGAGAAAAAAGAUGUGAAAGAAACUAAAGAGGAGAAAAAAGAUGACAAAGAAACCAAGGAGGAGGGUGAAAAAGUGAACGGCACAGAUGAGGAAAUGAAAGAAGGUGAGGAACAGGAAGGAGAUACUGCAGAAGAGGGUGACACGGCGGAAGAGGGAGACACUGCAGAGGAGGGUGACACUGCAGAGGAAGGUGAGGAAGAGGCUGCUGAAGGAGAAGACACAGCAGAGGAAGGAGAGAAGAGUAAAGAGCAGAAAGAAGAGGACCCUGAUGAUGUGUCUAACCUUCAGCUGGCAUGGGAAAUGUUAGAAUUGGCUAAAGUUAUAUAUCUAAAAGAAGAAGAUAAGGAAGCCAAAUUAAAGGCUGCAGAUUCAUAUCUGAAACUUGGUGAAGUUAGCUUAGAAACGGAACAAUAUGAACAAUCAAUAUCAGAUUUUAACGAAUGUUUAAAAAUACAGAAGACAGUAUUGGAACCUCAGGACAGAUCAUUAGCAGAAACAUAUUACCAGUUAGGAUUAGCAUACUGUUUUCACAAACUUUACGAUGAAUCCAUAGACAGUUACAGAGCAGCAAUCAAAGUUUUAGAAGAUAGAAUAGCAAAACUAACAGACAUUGUAAAAGGUGGUAAGGACGAAAAAGAAACUGCAGAAUCCAAAGAUGAUCCAAAAAAAUUAGCAGAAAAUGAAAUCAAAGAAAUCAAUGAAUUACUUCCCGACAUGAGGCAAAAGAUUGAAGAUUCAGAAGAAGAAAAGAAGAAUUAUGAACAGUUAAAAGCAAUGGCAAAGGAAGCUUGUGGAUUUGGAUCAUCAUCAGAAAUUAAAGAAUCAGAAAGUAAAACAGACAGCAAGCCAGCAAGUAAUAUCGGCCAUUUGAUCAGAAGAAAGAGGAAACCGGAUGAAGAUGAAGAAAAAGAACAGGAUACAAAGAAAACGAAGCAGGAUGGAGCAGGUGAUGCUACAGUUAAUGGAACCAACGGAGUAAUGGAAGUGGACAAGAAAAAAGCUGAGGGAGAUGUACCACCACCAAAGGAGGCAGUUGCUUCAUGAACAACAUCUCAGGAACAAUUAAGUGCUAUAUCGUGAUCAAUCUACACAAUUUUGUAUUUAAUGGUCUUUAUAUAUUUAUAUUUAAAAAAAAUGUUAAGUACUAAAGAUUACUGGUGCUAAAGUUAUGGACAGUGACAAUUAACAUACAAUCAUGUAACUUAUUUUCUAAAGUUAUGAACGGUGACAAUUAUUGUACAAUCAUGUAACUUAUUUUCUAUUUUGAUAUCUGUUCCAUUAUUCUAUGAGAUCAUCCUGUCAGUUCAAACAUUCUCAUGUUUCAGUACAUUGUAUCUGUCAUGUUGUCUCUUUACUGUUAGUGCUCUCAUCAUGAUGAGAUUAAACUCAUAAAUCAUC